AUCACGGCGACAUGGAUAACUUCUUGCCUGGCUCGGCCAGCUUGGUAGACUGCGUCGACAAGCGGCUGCUUGUGAUACUGCGAGAUGGACGAAAGCUCAUUGGAUAUCUCCGAUCGUACGAUCAGUUCGCGAACCUGGUGCUGCAAGACACUGUCGAGCGGACCUACAACGGCGACUCGUUUGGAGACACCCCGCAUGGCAUCUUUGUGAUCCGAGGCGAAAACGUUGUGCUGCUUGGAGAAAUCGAUCCGGAAAAGGAGGCCCUGUCACACUCCAGUUUGCGCCAAGUAUCGGGUCCCGAAGCCAUCUACUAUCAGAAGCAGGAGCUGGAUAGAAAGAAGAAGCUGGAUCACUCCAAGAACAAAGUGCUGCAUGAAGAGAAGGGAUUUAGUGUCGAUACGGUUGAGCACGAUCACUACUGAAUAGCUCGCCGCACCAACGGACUGGCAAUUCUUCGUUGUGUCCUGAGGGAGUCCGAUCAAGACAAUCCCAAGCAUCAGCCGCGCCGAGCCAGCGAGAAAGCACGUCGCGGACACACCCAUUUCCGAUGUUCAAUAUACACCUUGUUUCGUUCUAAACGAAGCCUAUGGCUGGGAAUCGUCGUGAGACCAAAAU